CUCGAACCCCAGACCUACCGGAAAGCAGGACUGUGGUUCAACCCGCUGCGCCACCGUGCCCCCCCGAAGGUGUAACACUGGAACAAAAUUCAAAUCCUGAGAAGUGUCGCUCUCCAGAAAGCACUGACACUGCCUGUUCUGAUAUAAGUGAACCACGACGCACAGUGAGCCCCUCUCAAACGCCGCAGGUCACGCCUCCGCAAGUCAUUGUAUUGCAGCAGAUAGCUGUGUCUCCCCAGGUGACUGUAGCUGGCCAGAAAAGCAGCGCCUCCCCCUGUUGCCCACGUGCUCUUUCUCUGUCCCCUCAUCUUGCCAAAGCUUCUCCUCUCAGCAUUGGCUCGCCGCUUAGGAAGGUCAGUAGCAACCCCUCCCUCUGUCUUGGGGAUUUUUCGCCACCUUCACUGAGUGCCCCUGCAACCCCCAACACAGAGGCUUAUUUCCCUUACCUCGACCCACCGUGGUUGGACCCGGUUCUGGCCCCACUGAGCCCCACCUCUUCCCCAGAGAGGGACUGUGAGGGUGCACUCCAAGACCAGGCCUCCUCACACUGUCCUGUCUUCCAAUCACCCAUCCCUCCAAGUAACUCUGUGGCCGAUUCCCUCGAUUCCAGCAUGCCUCUAAAUGGAGAAACCACGCCUCUGGACUGCCCGUCAUCAGAGUCCCUUCUCCGGUGUAUGAAUUGUGGGAAUUCCUUCUCUGACACAGAGUUUAGGAGUCUGGACUCCACAGCCUUGUGCCCCAGUUGCAGGUCUGAGAAGAAGCAAGUCAGUACUCGAAACAUUAUCUUCAGAAAGGUGGGCCGAGGCAAGUGGGUUCUUGGGAGACGAUCAGAAAUCCAAGGGGAGGCUGCUGUUGGUCAGCGGAUAAUACCAAAGAAGACAAAGAUCUUGAAAAAAAAGAGAGUAUUGAGAACAACCUUGCGACGGCGUGUGUAUGAGAAAAACAGGAAAUUUAAAAAGCAAUACUCCAUUUCUCAAUACAGUGACUCGGAGUUUUCCCAAGAUUUAGAAAAUGAUGAUACGGAGAGUGGGCCUAAGAAGCGCAGUCGGCGUGCUUGCUGGAAGUGUGAUGCCUGUCUGCGCCCGACUGACUGCGGCAGAUGUGACUUCUGCAUGGACAAGCCAAAGUUCGGGGGUGACAACAAGAAACGUCAGAAGUGCCGUCUUCGGCAGUGUCAGAGCCAAGCCAUGCGGCAUUUACUCCCCUUCCAGCUGGGGCAGACAAAGUCGAUGGCCACAGUAGGCUGGGUCGGCAGGGGCAGGCGCAGAGGAGGUCGCUCCAGGUACGGCAGUCACAUAAGGAGGAGGAAAUCCCAAGCCCCUUGGGAAAAGUACAGCUCCGCUGAUGAAGAUGACAACAGAGAGCAACAAGCCGACUGUGACAAAAAUGAUGAAGGUGAUGACAAUGCCUAUGUCAGCCCACCACAGCCGAACUACAGUAUUGGCAAGGAAGGAAAGGAGGAGCUGGGGGAUCGGGAGUGUAAGGAGCAAGUUGACGGCAGUGUUGCUUCUCAGUUAGCUAAGGUGGUGUCUGAUGUGAAUUUUGACUCCAGCUAUGGCAGACUGGACAUACAGGCACUUUACAACAGUAGCUGUUCAUUUUCAGCCCAGGAUGGGUUCGAGGCCAACGAUAGUCCCCUGAGCAUGAUGAGAAUAAGAGAACUCCCUGCCAAGGUCACCCGUAGUGGUCAUGUCUCCCUCCAACAGGAGCCACCAGUUGGUCGCAGACAGACCGGACAUCUGCCAGCCCUCCUUCCAAACCCUGUGAAUGCAACUGCAAGGCUGGGCCUCACCGCAGACGUGCGUGUUGUGGAGGUGGACGCUGGAGAGUCAAACACGCAGGAGGACACACCAGUGAUUACAGAGAUCUUCAGUCUGGCUAACAGUGGCCAACAGCGCUGCAUGUUGGGCCACGAACUGUUGGUGUUGCUGGAGGACCUGCGGCACACGGUGCUGCCGGCACACUGGGUGGGCCUUUUGGUGAAGGGGCCGCAGCUGCAGCUGCUGCAAUGUUCUAAGCUCUCUACUAUGGCAGACACCGUACUGCAGAUUGAGCCCAGCUUCUUCUACCACAUCCGAGUCCAGGACCAGCCGCUGCUCCUCACGCACCCGCUGUACGAGGCGCACCCGUCACGGCUGACCUCCGUGCCCGAGGUGGUUUCUCUGCUCCUUGAUCUGGAGAACUACACUGUGUGCCAGGGGUACCCCUCAAGUGACCUGCAGCCAAACCAGGAGCCAGUGCUGCACGUGCGGGCAGCUGCAUGUGAGCUCCUGGUGCUGCAGUCACAAGAGCGCUGCGACAAGUGUGAUGUCACCUCGCUGGUUCUGUGAGGACAGAGGAGUCGCUGAGGGUGGUGCUCUAACAGCAUGACGGGCACUUCACUACCUCCGAUUCCAUUCUCAGUUCAUGGGAAGAGACCAAAUAGAGAGUGGGUACGAAUUGAAAUGCCUUGUUACCCUUGAGGAACUGAGUGGUCUGCCAGCUGCUCAUCGUGCAGCUGUUUUAAUGGUGCUCUAUGGAGGAAUUUUGGUCUUGGGGACAAAGGGAGGUUUCUGAGAGCUGCUGAGGGGUGCUGGAGGAGACUAAUGCUGCUUGUCAUUUAGCUGCUCAUUUUGCCAUGUUUCUUAUUACAUGUUGAG